CUGAGUGAGAGGCGACAGUCACGACGACUGUAGUAGCUGGUUAAAGUUAUAUAAUCAUGUGUUAUGAGACUUAAUUUUUCCGGACAUCAUGGAAUUAUGGAAUCACACCAUAAAAGGCAAUUGCGCUUUUUCUCUGAGUUUUGCGCUCAUUCUUCGUAAUUGUUUUAGUUUGAUUACCAUUGAAAAUGAAGUACACAGGUGAUGUAACAAAAUAAACGAAGUUUGUGUUGAUCCAUGGAUUUACACAUACCUGGUAUGGAGGAACAGGGUCGUCAACAUGAAUUUUGAUACUGCUGAUGAAGUCAACUUCUGGAGUAACCGUUCCUCGGAGCUGUACUCGGAGACACAGGGACCAUUAUCUGCAAAUAAUUCCAACUUGACCACAGCAAAUGGCACAGACAAUAACACAGACACGAAUCCGCUGGACCUUACCCGAGCCGUGUCCGUUGGUAUAGUUCUGGGCGCGUUCAUUCUGUUCGCAAUUGUGGGCAACAUACUCGUAAUACUUUCCGUUGUAUGCAACAGACACCUGCGCAUCCCAACAAACUAUUUCAUUAUCAACCUCGCCAUUGCGGACCUGUUGCUGGGUACAACGGUGCUGCCCGUGUCUGCAACAUUGGAGAUUCUUGACUACUGGGUAUUCGGGAGGAUAUUCUGUGACAUCUGGGCGGCAGUGGACGUGCUAUGUUGCACUGCUUCCAUUAUGAGCCUGUGCGUAAUAUCCAUAGACCGUUAUAUAGGAGUGCGCUACCCACUGCAGUACCCCUGUAUAGUAACGGAGAAAAGAGCCCUUUUGGCCAUGCUCGGUGUUUGGGUUCUCGCUACUGUCAUUUCCAUUGGACCUCUGCUCGGGUGGAAACAACCACCCUCAAAUGACGACACCAUUUGCCCCAUCACCGAAGAGCCCUUUUACGCACUGUUCUCGUCAUUGGGUUCAUUUUACAUACCUCUGGCUGUCAUCCUUUGCAUGUACUGUCAGGUUUAUGUAGUUGCCAAACGGACCACUAAGAACUUAGAGGCGGGGGUCAUGAAAGAACACAUGGACUCGAAUGAGCUCACGCUCAGGAUCCACUGCAAAAACGCACAACUACAGGAAUACUGCGGCGCAGGCAAGGGCCAGACACGGAGCACGCUAACAGUCAAACUGCUCAAGUUCUCCCGAGAGAAGAAAGCUGCUAAAACGCUCGGUGUCGUGGUGGGCAUGUUUAUUCUCUGCUGGCUGCCAUUCUUCCUCGUGCUGCCCAUCGGGUCAUUCAACGCCAACCUGCGUCCCCCGGAGACGUUCUUUAAGGUGAUCUUCUGGCUGGGCUACUUCAACAGCUGCCUGAAUCCCAUCAUCUACCCCUGCUACAGCCGAGAGUUCAAACAGGCCUUCAUCCGCAUCCUCAAGUGCCGCUGCCAUCAGAAGAAAAAGCAGAAGGGCUGGAGGGCCUACUACAACUACCGUUCCUCUCACCUGGGCUCCACCAACAACUCCUACCUGAAUGGGAGUCAGCAGACCCUGUCCUCUGUCAACCCCAGCCCUCGCUGUGUGAGCAAAGGAUCCGGCUCUCGCCUGGAGUCUGGGUGGGGCCAUGGCUCCCUGUCCCCCUGCCUGUCUCUGCCUGGGAGCCCCUUCACCAGCCAGAUGAGGGCCCUUCCUGGGGCUGUCCGCCAGAGCACCAGCAGAACUAUCAGAGUCAACCUGGCCUCCCCCCUGGCCAGGGAGCCAGUGCAUGCCAAUGGACAGAGUGGGAAUGGAAAGGUGGAGCAUGGGGCAAUCCGGGCAACACCUGAGACAAUAAUGUAAUGGCGGGUUGGAGCAUCAGUCAUAAGCCUGGACAAUGCCGUUUGAUAGUCUGUACUUAUGCAACGGUAGCCUUUACAUCCAGGUGCAUGUGGGUAUUUUAUACUGGAUGCUGAAAUAUGGACAAAGGCCUAACUACUGUAGCAGUCUGGAUUUAAGAUUUACGCAUCACACCAGAGGGUCAAUGGUCAAUGUGUCCGUAAGUAUUUAUUACUAAAAGUCCGAAUGCUUGUUGUUCCAUGUCCUCCAAAUGUCCUUUUAAAUAAUUAUUUGUAUUAUUAAAUGAUAGUUUUAGACAGAACACUGAAGGCCUCUGCUACUGCACAAAACCUUUUCAGAAUAACAUGUGCAGCUCUGGCACAUACAACUUUCUAUUUUCACAAUUAUGGUGUGAAUUUUCAAAACUCUUAGUACAAAACUCAAAAUGGGUAGCACUUGUAAUGCAGCCUGUCUUAAUUCAAACCCUUUCAUUGUCCAUUUAUUUCAUUUGUCGACAUCUUUUACCACACAGCCAUUGAUCCACAAUAUAGGUUAACUCAGUACAUUGAUUUAAUCAUCAAAACACAACAUAAUAAUAUCUUCUCAAUUUAGUUAUUUUAAAUACCAGUUCAUCCACUAGCAAAACAUCUUAGACACGUGUUUCUAUCACGUUUCAGGUAAGACCCAAAUGCAGACUGUGUUGUUGUAACAAUGUUUAGCACAGCAACAGGGGCAGGCAAACGACAGGUCAGGUCAGACAGGGGUCCAUAAUCCAGAGUAGUGGGGCAACGGUACGGGAUGGCAGGCGGGCUCAGAGUCAGUACAGGCAAGGGUCAAAACCAGGAGGGCGAGAAAAAGAGAGACUGGGAAAAAGCAGGAGCUGAGACAAAACGCUUGUUGACUUGACAAGCAAAACGAACUGGCACAAACAAACAGAGAACACAUGAAUAAGUACCAGGGGGACAAUGGGAAAGAUGGGCGACACCUGGAGGGGGGUGGAGACAAGCACAAGGUCUGGUGAAACAGAUCAGGGCGUGACAGUUUAAAAUGGUAUUUUUUAUGUAAUAUGCUACAGUACUGUAAAUUACAGUACAUUACACCUUUUUCACAUUAGGCAAUACACCUACACUACCCAUUAAAAUUGACUGAACAUUACAUUUCCGUAAUGUCCAUUAUCCCAUGUGUGAUGAAAGGUGUGACCAUUGGAGACAUCUGUUUAACAGGCACUAGUUCGCAGUAAAUAUCUUCAUUGCUCAUGCACCUGGGGGAAAAGCUUUUGGCAUGGCGAAUCUAAGCCUGACAUUGGUCUGAAUUGAUGUAAUCAUAUGCCUCGUCCAUGGCCUGAAGGAGGGUGUUACACUCAUGGAGGUGACAUUCACACAUCUUCCAAAUGUAUUGUAAUCGUGUAUUGUAUUGGUUCUGUACAUGGCUCAGUGCAUAAGAGCAUGGCACUAGGAAAAGGGGAUACCUAGUCAGUUGUUCAACUGAAUGCAUUCAACUGAAAUAUGUCCUACACAUUUAAUCCAAACCCUCUGAAUCAGGUGUAGGGGGCUGCCUUAAUCAACAUAAGUUGUUGAAGUAGUUGUUGUUUAACUGCCUAAAGAGUACUGUGGAGUAAAAUCAUGAAAGUUUGAGAGUAUAUAUAUACAGUUCAAGUCGGAAGUUUACAUACACCUUAGCCAAAUAGAUUUAAACUCAGUUUUUCACAAUUCCUGGCAUGUAAAAUCCCAGUGAAAAAUCCCUGUUUUAGGUCAGUUAGGUUCACCACUUUAUUUUAAGAAUGUGAAAUGUCAGAAUAAUAGUAGAGAGAAUUGUUUACUUCAGUUUGUAUUUCUUUCAUCUCAUUCCCAGUGGGUCAGAAGUUUACAUACGCUCAAUUAGUAUUAGGUAGCAUUGCCUUUAAAUUGUUGCACUUGGGUCAAAUGUUUCGGUUAGCCUUCUACAAGCUUUCCACAAUAAGUUGGGUGAAUUUUGGCCCAUUCCUCCUGACACAGCUGAUGCAACUGAGUCAGGUUUGUAGGCAUCCUUGCUCACGCAAGCUUUUUCAGUUUUAACCACAAAUUUUGUAUAGGAUUGAGUGAGGUUAGGACUUUGUGGUGGCCACUCCAAUACCUUGACUUUGUUGUCCUUAAGCUAUUUUGUAGGCUUGGGAUCAUUGGGAUCAUUGUCCAUUUGGAAGACCCAUUUGCAACCAAGCUUUAACUUCCUGACUGAUGUCUUGAGAUGUUGCUUCAAUAAAUCCACAUAACUUUCCUUCCUCACGAUGCCAUCUAUUUUGUGAAGUGCACCAGUCCCUACUGCAGCAAAGCACCCCCACAACAUGAUGCUGCCACCCCCGUGCUUCACGGUUGGGAUGGUGUUUGUCGGCUUGCAAGCCUCCCCCUUUUUCCUCUAAACAUAGCAAUGGACAGUAUGGCCAAACAGUUCUAUUUUUGUUUCAUCAGACCAGAGGACAUUUCUCCAAAAAGUAUGAUCUUUGUCCCCAUGGGCAAAGUCUGGCUUUUUUAAUGGCGGUUUAGGAGCAGUGGCUUCUUCAUUGCUGAGCGGCCUUUCAGGUUAUGUCGAUAUAGGACUCGUUUUACUGUGGAUAUAGAUACUCCAGCAUCUCCACAAGGUCCUUUGCUGUUGUUCUGGAAAUGAUUUGCACUUUUCGCACCAAAGUACGUUCAUCUCUAGGAGACAGAACGCAUCUCCUUCAUGAGCGGUAUGACAACUGCGUGGUCCCAUGGUGUUUAUACUCGCGUACUAUCGUUUGUACAGAUGAAUGUGGUACCUUCAGGCGUUUGGAAAUUGCUCCCAAGGAUGAACCAGACUUGUGGAGGUCUACAACUUUUUUUUCUUAGGUCUUGGCUGAUUUAUUUGGAUUUUCCCAUGAUGUCAAGCCAAGAGGCACUGAGUUUGAAGGUAGGCCUUGAAAAACAUCCACAGGUACACCUCCAAUUUACUCAAAUCAUGUCAAUUAGCCUAUCAGAAGCUUCUAAAUCCAUUACAUAAUUUUCUGGAAUUUUCCAAGCUGUUUAAAGGCACAGUCAACUUAGUGUAUGUAAACUUCUGACCCAUUGGAAUUGUGACACAGUGAAUUAUAAGUGAAAUAAUGUCUAAACAGUUCUUGCCAAGACUAUAGUUUGUUAACAAGAAAAUGACUCCAACCUAAGUGUAUGAAAACUUCCAACUUCAACUGUAUAUAUAUCUAUAUAUAUAUAUAUAUAUAUAUACAGUGGGGAGAACAAGUAUUUGAUACACUGCCGAUUUUGCCGAUUUUCCUACUUACAAAGCAUGUAGACGUCUGUAAUUUUUAUCAUGGGUACACUUCAAUUGUGAGA